GCUAUAUAUAAAGCUGCGUCAGCUCCUGCCACUCAUUACAUUGCGAGGCUUGGCUCAGAACGCACGUCAACAUGAUUCAGAUUAUUCUUGUAGCAGCUCUGUUGGGCGUUAGCUAUGCUAUGCCCCAACAGAGGGCUCUUGGUGCGGGUGCCGCGGCUGAAAAUGUCGCAGGAAACCCUUUCACCAGAAUUCUCUCGUACGAAUCAUACCAAGACGGCGCUAACUUUGGACAUCAACUAUUCCAAGAAGACGGAACGACAUCAGGGCAGAAACAAGGACCCGACGGCCUGCUCUACGGCUUCUACUCGUACGUGCAGCCUGACAACAACCGCGUGAAGGUUUACUGGCGCGCAGGACAAGGCAUCGGCUACGAAGUCCUCGGAGUCGAAGGACUUGUUAAAGAAAACCUUGGUAACCUCCAAGCCACUAUUUCAGCCUCAACACCGCCUCCUGCUCCUGCCAGACUUCCCGUACAACAGAACACCUUCAUCCCACCCGCCCCUACUCCCCCACCCCCAACCCAAAGUCCUAUUCCUCAGCCAGCUCCUCGAGCCCCAGCUCGCCUCAUCCCUAACAAUCCUAUCCCCGUAGUCCCUAUCACCACCACCACUGAAUUCCCACCCCACAGAUUCGAUUACCCCGCUACCCUUAACCUGGAGAGAACCGCCAACGGUUUCUUCUCAUCCCUCACUGCCACUAGAUAAUCUUGCUUCCCCUCAAAUCUUCUUUAAAUUAUCCAUGACAAGACACACACGUGUGCCUCAACCGGCGCGUGUGCCUCAACCCGCCCUCGCCAAGCGGUCCUGUCAGGCAGUCCUCUCAGCCUCACGGCUCAGUGUGUUUCCCUGGCAGACGCAGCCCCCGUUAAUGUAUAUACAUAAAUAAAGUUGUUUUACAGA